AUGGAUUCCAGAAUGGCUGGGGAAAAGAGGCUGCUCCAGUUGGUUGAACUGGAAGAAUUCCGGAGCAAGGCAUAUGAAAACGCCAACCUCUACAAGGAGCAGAUGAAAAAGUGGCACGACAAAAAGCUUAUCAAGAGAGAGUUAGAAGUUGGAGAUAAAGUGCUGCUGUAUCAAUCCAAAUUAAAACUGUUUCCUGGAAAGUUGAAAUCAAGAUGGGUAAAUGGACACAGACUCAAAAAGUAUAAUAGAGGGAUCAAGGAGCAUGAGAAACUGACUUCUCAUCUCGAUGACCCAGCUGAAGAUGCUAGUUUUGGGGUUGCUCUCGAGCAGCCUGAUCCCAAAAGCAAAGAGCAACCAACACUUAGAAUUUGA